AUGCUGGCCACCCUCACCCUCCUCCUGGGGCUGCCGCUCGCCCUCGCCGCCGAGCCCCCCACCUGCGCCCCGCUCGUCACGGUCACCUUCGACAACGCCACCAUCCCUGGGAUCCUGGGACAGUGGAUCUACAUCGCCGGUGCCUCCAGGUAUGCGCCUCACCUGGCAGAGCUGAAGGCAGUGAAACACGCGGCUUUUUCCUUCUCUCCCGGCAGCCACGACGAUGAGCUCAAUGUCACCGAAAUCAUGAGACUGAACGAGACAUGCGUGGUGAAGAACACCAGCAAGAUCCACAUCUUUUGGCACAACUCCACCCUGAUGCACGUCGAUGGCCAGGUGGCUUCCACGGCCGAACUGAUCCAAAGCGACAAGGAGCUGCUGAUCAUGAAGCACCCCAACACCAACUCCCCGGGUCUGAGCCUCUCAGCACGGACACCCAACGUGAGCAAGGAGCACCUGGAGGAGUUCAAAGCCCACCUGCACUGCCUGGGCUUGACUGAUGAGGACGUGUUCUUCACCUCUGAAAAGGACUCCUGUGGGCUGCCCGGGGAGAAGACGGGCGAAGGUGACGCAGAGCCGCAGACGGGGUAA